AUGGGUUCGAGAAACAGUGGCUACACCAGUGUUUUGGAAAAUCCACGUGAUGCCAACGCUUCCGCGGAUACAAACUAUUGCACCUGGAGGAAAGAAGUGAAAGAUCCAAAGACGUUUAAGAGGAAUGUUCUGCUAAUACCAUCUCAUGUGGUAACAACAUGCGACUUAGCGGGAAUCGUGAGUAUAAUGCUCUUUGACACUGACACCAGCUAUUAUUAUAACGGCGAAGUACACACGUAUGCGAGGAACAACAACAUUGAGAAAUAUGUAUGCCGUGGUUGGUAUGAACUGGUGAAAGAGAAAAAACUCGACAAAGGUGAUGUUGUUGAAUUUAGCAUCAGGUACCCUCCAGGAAACACAAUCCAAGUGUCCGUAUUGAACCGUUGA